AUGCUUCCAAAUGGCAGUGAUAAGACAUUCCGAAUGUGUGGAUGGUCCCCUGCAGCAACUUCCAUUAUUGACAUAUCACACAGAGAUACUCUAUCCAACAGCAUCAUUCGUCUUGAUCUCUCCGCAAGAAGGGGUGGCAUUCUCUACCCAUACACUUCGCGGACGCACUCGAACCCCAUCGCAAGUCUUCACAACUUCAACCCUACCAGUCCCCGCUGGUCCCCCUACUCCCAAACUUGUCACCCUCUUGCUCCCCUACUCCCAAAUUCACCAAGGCGGUCUCUUUUUCAGCAAACCAAAUUUCUGGGAAUGGUGAACUCCAAUGACUCCAAAAUCCCCAAACCAGAUGGUGAAGCAGGGCGCCCGGCUCAUGGGGGAUACAACCUGGAAAGGGCACUCAACUGGGAUUCUAGUCGAUUCAAGUUGUUAAGGGACUUUGUCCACCGAUUGAUCGACAGUCAUUGUGACACUAGCAAGAGCAAGUCAAGCCAAACAACUGCAGCACUGAAUUCUGUUGAGACAGAGGCUGUCGUUCAAUUUCCGGAAUUGAAUGACUAUAUGGGGCGCUGGCCAGUGGGAGAUCUUAUACAAAUGCAAUUGAAAAAUCUUUCUGCUAAGGAGCAACAAAGGCACGCGAAGAAUAAUAAUAGCCACAAGUAG